GGGAGAUAAUCCUGAGUGCAUCGUGAGGGAAGAUGGCGAUUAGCAGCGCGAUGUUUGUUGCUCGGGUUCACAACCCUUUUGUAUCAUUAUUAGCGCGGAGAGCGAUACGUGCUUCCGUUGCAUCUUGGCAAUAUAAGAAACACUUGUAUUCCACGAAGCCACAUAAAAGAGAAUAUGACAUCGUCAUUGUGGGAGGUGGUAUUGUUGGUAUGGCAACAGCCCAGGAACUUAUUACUCGCCAUCCAAAUUUAUCCUUCGCUGUUCUGGAGAAAGAAAAAGAUUUGGCUGUUCAUCAAAGUGGCAGAAACAGCGGAGUGAUUCAUGCUGGGAUUUACUAUACUCCAGGUUCACUUAGAGCUAAACUGUGUGUUAAAGGAAUGCAGAAAGCCUAUGAAUACUGUGACAAACAUCAGAUUCCUUACAAAAAAUGUGGAAAGUUAAUUGUGGCAGUUGAGCCAGAAGAGUUACCACGACUUGAAAAUUUAAUGUCCAGAGGUAUAGAGAAUGGUGUUAAAGAUUUAAAGAUGGUUGGACCAGAGGGAAUCCGAGAGAUAGAGCCAAACUGUGUGGGGUUGAAGGCUAUUCAUUCUCCCCACACUGGGAUUGUUGACUGGGGACUGGUUACAAAAUACUAUGGAAAACAGUUUGAAAAACAAGGAGGCACAGUUUAUACAGAUUUUCUUGUUACUGAGCUGAGACAAACUUUAGAAGGAAAAGCUGGCAGCAUGGAUGGUCUAAAAUAUCCUGUGACCAUUGUGGGAAAUCCUGAAAAGGACCAGCUGCUGCAUUGUCGAUACGUUAUUACAUGUGCUGGACUUCAUUCUGAUAAAGUGGCAGCAUUUUCAGGAUGUUCUUCUGAACCUCGUAUUGUUCCAUUUCGUGGCGAGUAUCUCCUGCUGAACCAAGAAAAAAGUAAUAUGGUUAAUGGAAACAUUUAUCCGGUGCCAGACCCACGCUUUCCUUUCUUGGGGGUUCAUUUUACUCCACGAAUGGAUGGUAGUGUUUGGCUGGGACCCAAUGCAGUACUGGCAUUCAGACGAGAGGGAUAUGGAUACACGGAUAUCAAUAUUCCAGAGCUCUUUGAUGCUUUAAGCUUCAGGGGACUGAGAAAACUUGCUUGGAAUUAUCUUGGCUAUGGAGUUAAAGAGAUGUAUAAAGGGAUAUACAUUCCUGCUCAGGUGAAACAGCUUCAGCGAUUUGUACCUAUGCUGCAACUAUCUGAUGUCACCAGGGGUCCUUCAGGGGUGAGAGCACAAGCACUGGAUUGUGAAGGAAAACUGGUGGAUGAUUUUGUUUUUGAUCAAGGAAAAGAUGAAUUUGGAAAGAAAAUCCUCCAUGUUCGAAAUGCACCAUCUCCAGGUGCUACAUCAUCACUAGCUAUUGCUGAAAUGAUCUCCGACAAAGUACAUGAAACAUUUGCAUUGUAAAAAUAAAAAAAGGCAGUUACAUCCUGAAAAUAUACAGUGGCCUAGUGUAUCUUGAACAAGCACUGAAGGUAUUUCAUGAAGAUCUUAAAAAUGUUUCAAGCAUUUACUCAGUUAAAAUAACAUUUUGUUGGUGAUGACAGAUUUUUUAAUUAUUUACUGUAGUCAGUUUUUAUUGUAUGUCAAGCACUUUAAAGUGCUGCAUGCAAGAUUCAAGAAUUUUGCAUUUAUAUGUAGUAAAGUUUGAUAUCUUUCAGGUAGCAACAAGUUUCAGCCUUAACAUGUAUAUCACCAUUUUGAUGACUUUUGGUGACUUUUAUUUGGACUUUUUAAGGGUAGAAAUCUUUUGCUUAAAUGGUUUAUGCUGAUAUGGUUUGAGAAAUGCAUGUGAUUGUUCAUUGUAAGUCAGACAUUUUCACUUUGUACCUUUUUUUGAUCACUGCCAGUACUGGGGAGCAAAUAGUCUAAUGGUUAGAGCAACAUUAUCCAAACUUGAAGGUAUACACACUUGCAGAUUUGAUACAGUUGACUUAGGUAUGGAAUGGGUAGCUUACUCCAUAGAGAGUUGGGAAAGGUAAAGCAGUGAGGGAGAGGAGAUGGGCACCACUCUCACAAAAACUAGCCCUGAAAUAAGUGAGGGAUCUCAUACCUCACUCCCCCUAUGGCUGUAAGAUCAUGGGAUACCUUUGCAUCAUAUAUUAGGCAGGGUAGAUUGUAGGGCAUUGUAUGAUGAAGUGGUAGCUUGCGAUUGUAUAUUUUUAUUACAGAAGAAAAUGGGCAUUUGGCUACAGGAUGGAAAGUACUUCCUGCAGUGUUAGUUUUUAGUCUGGGUUGCAUUAUGUUUAUAAGGUUCUGAAUUUUUUUUACAAGUAGCACCUAAAAUGUCACUUAUGAGUAAAUGUAAUGUACUUGGAAGAAAAUUGAUGGUUUUUUGGUUAUUCUAUUAUUGGCUUUAUGCAUAAUAUUUUAAAAUUCAGGGAUUAGUAAUGAGGUGUAUAUAUGGUAAUCUGUGAUAAAUUUUUAUAUUACUACUAAAUCUGGUUUAAUAUGACCUUUCCCUGUCACCAAUUAUCACAACAAUCCUUACUGCAAUUAUAAAGUACAUUAUAUUUUCCUUUAUUUGAAGGCUGACAGGGUAAUGAAUGUGCUAACAUAAUAUUACUGUGGAUCAUACAUAUUUAAUAAAUACAAUACAAAAGAG